GAAAAUUUCGAGCCCUUCACAGACUUUUUAUUCAUCAGAUCCCUUAACGUCGUGUCACAUCUCGUAAUAGAUUCCACCAAGGCGACGACUAGUAUUUGGAUCCAUUCAAGUUGUGGUUCGACCCUUCAGAACUGGAUUCAACACCGUUGACGGCCCGUAACGAAAGUCCCCGAGUAUCAGAGCACCCCCACGUCUUUACAUCCCAAAGUGGGAGAUCAGUAGUACUCCGACCAGCUGCAAUUCUUUCCAGGUUCAUGGACACGCGAUGACCUUUGAGGACGGCCAACUCAUGACUUGAUGAUGGACUUACGUCUCGAGCUUGUCCUGUGUCGACAUCAUGGCUGGAACAGGUGGGAAAGAAUGGCCAGCUUUAGGACGAGGUACCCUCACUCGAAGUCGUCCUACAUUUCUGGCGCGCACAGCCACCGAUGACGCCGCUCAGUUAUUGAGAAGGUCAUCCUUUCCUGCUUUAACAGGUCUCCAAGAUCAGACAUCAAAAGAUCGUGACGGCUCCGUUCACGAUGCCUCAAGGCCAGCCACCGCGCGCUCCACAACCUCGAGUGCAUCGCACGCCCGUCCACGUACAGCCUCGUCGACUGGGGCUUACGGAACUUUCGGUAGCCUGCACAGUUCUCAGGCAGCCAAUGGGGUGAACGAACAAGGGGCUUCUUCUGCCUCCAUGCCACAAGACUCCGUUACUGGAUAUGCUCACCUUACAGCGGACAAGCCAGAAAACUCGACCACUUCCAAGGAGGGGCAAAUCCCGCGACCGAAUGGCAGUACGGAUAAAUUGGGCACUUUCUCAGGAGUGUUUGUCCCUACGAGUCUGAAUGUCUUGAGUAUUCUGAUGUUUAUACGCUUUGGUUUCAUUCUUGGCCAGAGCGGUGUUCUGGGUAUGCUCGGUAUGCUGGCCACUGCUUACCUGAUCAAUCUCCUUACCACGAUGUCCAUCUCUGCGGUGGCUUCCAACGGCGUUGUCCGCGGCGGCGGUGCCUACUAUCUGAUAUCAAGAUCUCUAGGUCCCGAGUUUGGUGGAGCAAUUGGACUUGUCUCAUACCUCGGCUUCGUCUUCAAUACGGGAAUGAAUGCCGUUGGUCUCGUUGACUGCCUUCUUUAUGUCUUUGGCUCCGAAUCUGGAGAUUGGACGAACACGAUUCCGGAAGGCGGUUGGUGGCCAUAUCUAUGGAGCACAGUCGUGGUAGUGACUUGCGUCGCUAUCUGUCUGGCUGGCAGUACCAUCUUUGCUCGUGCAAGCAACGCUCUCCUGCUUAUUCUAUUAUUGGCCACGUUUAGUAUUCCGCUGUCGACGAUUGUCAUGCAGCCUUUCGUGGCCAAGAAGCAUUUCACCCAAUUUACCGGUCUGAGCAUUACGACUCUCAGGGAGAAUCUCCUGCCUCAUUUCACAAAGGAGGCUGCUGGAAGUCAACUACGUGGGAAGGAGAACUAUCAAGACCUUUUUGGCAUCCUAUUUCCUGCUACGGGAGGUAUACUUGCGGGAGCUAGCAUGUCCGGGGACUUGAAGAACGCCAGCAGAUCUAUUCCUCGUGGUACUUUGACUGGCCUCGCCCUUACCUUCGUCUCAUAUACCCUGGUCAUCUUGGCCAUGGCAGCGAGUAUUACCAGAGAGUCAUUCUACAAGAACGUCAACGUAGUCCAAGACACCAAUGUUUCGGGUGCACUGAUCCUUGUGGGGGAGAUAGCAACGACUUUCUUCUCGGUCCUGAUGGGUAUUAUUGGACCAGCCAAACAACUCCAGGCCAUCGCUCGCGACAACGUCUUCCCCGGCCUGUCCAUCUUUGGACAAGGAACCAAAAAGCAUGACGAGCCGCUCUACGCCAUUUUCUUCACUUUUGCCGUGGCGCAGCUCACCCUUCUACUUGACAUCAAUAGGAUCGCGUCUCUGAUAACAAUGACUUAUUUGAUGACAUUCUUUGCACUCAAUGUAGCGACCUUUCUCUUACGUAUCGGCUCGGCUCCAAAUUUUCGACCGUCUUUUCAUUAUUUCAACUGGUGGACAGCAGCAGCAGGAGCUAUUCUGUGCGUCGCCAGCAUGUUUUUUGUUGAUGGCAUUUCGGCUUCAGGCUCCAUCUGCCUUCUCCUGAUCCUUAUUCUCAUUAUCCAUUACACCACACUACCAAAGCCUUGGGGUUCGAUAUCAGAAGUACUCAUUUAUCAUCAAGUCAGGAAGUACCUCUUACGCCUGAAAACAGAGCACGUCAAGUUCUGGCGUCCACAGAUCCUGCUGUUUGUCAACGAUCCAAGGAGAGGCUACAAACUCAUCCAAUUCUGCAACUCACUCAAGAAGGGAGCACUCUUUAUCAUCGGCCAUGUGAUUGUGACCCAGAAUUUUGGUGAUUCUGUGCCUGAAGCACGGCGUCAGCAAGCGGCAUGGAACAAGUUUAUUGAUAUGUCCAAAAUCAAAGCGUUCGUCAACGUCGCCAUCUCUCCCUCAAUCGAGUGGGGUGCACGGAAUAUAUUCCUAUCCGCGGGCCUGGGUGGCAUGCGCCCGAACAUUGUUGUCUUUGGAUUCUACAAUAUACAGCAGUUCCGGACGGAACAACCCUUGGUGGAUGUUCCCAGCCCCCCUCCAGAACGAAAACACGGUUCUGUGAAGAGACGCCGGACGAGCAAGAGUUUGCUAAGAGGAGAACUGCCUACCGACUCGUGCUACAUCGAGAAACGAACGGACGUACAGAGCUACGUCAUGGUGCUGGAAGACAUGAUUCUCAAACUCAAGACAAAUGUGGCUAUAGCCGCCGGCUUCGGUGAUCUGGAGCUGCCGAAAGCCCCCGGAGGGGUCACGAAGAAAUACAUUGACCUUUGGCCGAUACAGAUGUCAGCUGAACUCAUGUCAGAAGCCGACGGUCAAUCUCGAAACGUCCUAACCAACAAUUUCGACACUUAUACUCUCAUCCUCCAACUGGGUUGUAUACUCCACACCGUGCCUUCUUGGCAUCGAGCGUAUACACUUCGAGUUGCUGUUUUCGUUGAGUACGAAUCUGAUGUUGAAGAUGAGAGGUCCCGAGUCACAUCUCUGCUUGAAAAUCUCCGAAUCGAAGCCGAAGUACUUGUCUUCUGGCUCGCAUGUGGCAGUGUAAAGUCUUAUAACUACAUUGUCAACGGCCAGGAAGUGGAUGAUGAAAACCGAGAGCAAGUCGAGAAGACCCUGGAAGACGAGGUGUGGUGGCGUGAUCUUCAAAAGCUCCGUGGUCAGUCUCAAUCCGGUGAAGUUAGUGCUACUGAUGUGCUCUCUUUUGCUGAUGACGUUGUCUGGCCGAGUUCAUCUUUCCAAGGCAGGAGAGAAGCUUCACUCGUUCGUUUCGAAGGCUUGAGAAGGCUCCUCAAUCGUCCAAGGAAAAGGUCCUCGCUUGGUGAUUUGUCUAGCCUUGGUGUUAGUCUUUCCAUGCGUACCUCACGCUUGGAUGAUGAUAUGCUUAGUCGGCAUGCAUCUCAUCCGAGUGACUCUGAAGCCUCGGAUGCAUCUGAAUACGGUGACGAAGAUGAGGAUGACGAAGAGGAGUCGGAGAUCGCUUCCUUCGACGAUGGGACGGCGAAUCAAGAGGCGGAUUCUGCUGAUCUAAGGUCUCCGAAUAAAGCGAAAAGUUCUUCGAAGAAGAGCAGUCUUGCAAGCUCGAAAAGAUCCAGGCGCAGGGGCAGAAAGCAUGAACACCACGACGAAGAGGCUCUAUCAUCUUCGCCCGCUCCAAUGUUGCAAUUUGACGACGAUAUUCUUGACCGUGCCGAAGACACACCCCGUGGCCGCACCGCAAGCUUUGCCGACAGUCGUGCUCCUCCGCAGCGAUCCAGAUCACCAGCAGACAGCCUACGCGUUUCCAGCUCGAGACGGGGCGUGUCGCCUAGUUUCACGUCUUCGCCUGUUCCGUUGACAAAGGUAGCAAGUGAGGAGGGUGCUGGGCCUUCUAUCAUGUUCGCGGAUGAUCCGCACCCUCGACGGCAGAAGGCGGAUGAGGCUGAGGUUGCCGCUAGUCGUUCCAUCUAUCAACGGACAAGAGAGGAUAGCGGUCCUCGGCCAACUUCAGGCUUCCCAACUGCUGCGUCGAUCCCCUUGUCCUUCAACGACCUCCCAAGCCGGGCACAGCAUUUGAUAUUGAACGAAUUGACGUCACAAAACAGCGAGGACACGGCCGUCAUAUUCACGACGCUGCCAGCCCCGGUGGACGGUAUGUACAAGAGUGAGGCUGACAGCCUGGGCUAUAUUAGUGAUUUGGAAGUCUUGGUUGGCGGAUUACCACCGACUUUGCUGGUGCACAGUAACAGCAUGACCGUCACGACGAAUUUGUGAGCUGACCAUUGGGACAUUGAUUGAACAGUUUGUAGCAAAAUAUCCGAGUCUGGCGCCGUGCAUUGGGAUCAGAUCCUUUAGGUGCGUAAAAUAUACAGCGUACCCAGAGCAAAUCCUGUACGUCUGCUCGAAUCCAGC